AUGGCAAGGCCUACGUCCGAGAACGAUCUCCCGGAACCCAAUGGUGUCUCUCCGUUUCAACCGCGCUCAGAGCGUAUCCUCCCACUAGCAGUAUCGUAUUUCCUCGGAUACGGCGCAUACGUUGGCGGGUGGAUGUUCUUCGCCGUGCGCUUCCUGCUCACAAUUCAGGGCCAUGUCCAAAUUACUGUUGCCCUGUUCUUCAUCCCUAACAUGAUCUGCGGCAUCAUCGCUACAUUCAUCGUAUCCAAGACCUUGCACCUCUUCCCCGGCCACUGGAUUCUGACCGCUGGCAUGGUUGCGAAUACAAUGGGGCCUGUCUUCUUUAUCCCCCAGACGCCGAAUACAACAUAUUGCGCGCUUUUCAUGCUGGGAAUAGCCCUUGGUACGUUCGGUCCCGAUAUGACCUUUGCUGCGGCGUCGAUCUUCAUCACGUCUAGCGUCCCCCGCUCCUUCCAGGGCUCGGCGGGGAGUCUGCUCGUGACGAUUCAGAACCUAUCGGCUGCGAUUGUGACGGCCAUUGGGGAUACAAUUGGGAAGGAGAUUACGAGGGUUGGCGGUGACGGGUACAAGCUGGACUUGGGUGCUUUGCGGGCGAUUUGGUGGUUCAGUCUGGCGAUUUCACUCGCGGCAGCUCUGGUUUGUGCGGUGUUUGUUCGCAUUCCGAGGAGCGAGGAGAAGGAUCAUGUCGAGUGA